CACCUGGUUUGCGAGUCUGGUGGUUGCAACUUCUCCGCGAGCCGGCUGCUUGGUCGCCGCCACCUCUCAGGUCCGGAGGCUCGUGGCGUCACAGGCUCUCGACAUGUCAAUGCUGGCUGAGCGUCGGCGGAAGCAGAAGUGGGCUGUGGAUCCGAGAAACACUGCCUGGAGCAAUGAUGAUUCCAAGUUUGGCCAGAGGAUGCUAGAGAAGAUGGGGUGGUCUAAAGGAAAGGGUUUAGGGGCUCAGGAGCAAGGAGCCACAGAUCAUAUUAAAGUUCAAGUUAAAAAUAACCACCUGGGACUUGGAGCUACAAUCAAUAAUGAAGAUAACUGGAUUGCUCAUCAGGAUGAUUUUAACCAGCUUCUGGCUGAGCUGAACACUUGCCAUGGGCAAGAAACAGCAGACUCCUCAGACAACAAAGAAAAGAAAACUUUCAGCCUUGAAGAAAAGUCCAAGAUCUCCAAAAACCGUGUUCAUUAUAUGAAAUUCACAAAAGGGAAGGAUCUAUCAUCUCGGAGCAAAACAGAUCUUGACUGCAUUUUUGGGAAAAGACAGAGUAAGAAGACUCCUGAGGAUGAUUCCAGCCCAGCCACUCCAGAUGGGAAUGCACCCUCCACUACAACAACCAGCGCCUUCACCAUCCAGGAGUACUUUGCCAAGCGGAUGGCAGAGCUAAAGAAUAAGCCACAGGUCAUAGCUGCAGGGCUUGACCUCACAGAGACCCAAAUGGAAAGAAAAAGGGGAAAGAAAAGAAAGAAGGAGGCAAAAGAUAAAAAUGUGGAGAAUUACACCGAACCCAAGGCCAAGAAGAAGAGAGACCAAGUUGAAUGGCAGCUCAGAGACCCUUGUUGGGACGAGAAUUCUGGUGUUUCUGCUGAGGAUGGAGAGGAUUGUGUGUGGCCGCCUGAUGACCAGGACAUUGCCCCAAAGCCCAAAAAAAGGAAACAAAAGAAAAAGCUACGAAAGCAAGUUGAGGUAGCAGUGGAUGCUAUAUUAGAUGAAAUACCAGUGAAAAAGAAGAAGAAGAAAGGUCCCAAAUAAGUUCUCUAGAGCCAGGGCCUUCCAGCCACUCAGAUGUCAGGGCACCACGAGCAAACACCUUUGGCCUGAAGUCAGAACAGAGUUCACCCAAGAGGGCUUUGACAUGCCCAGGGGUUGCUGAGUCUCGCCCUCUCACCACGUUUUUCCCAGAGUUUAUCCAGAGAACUUUCUAAUGUUCCAAAUCAUGGCUCUCAUAAACAAAUAAAUUUCUUUUUAGACUGUGA